AUGGCUCUGUUAUUAUUACAGUUCGCGCUCUUCGUGUUCGAGUCCUUCACCGAGGCGUCACACAACACCACUGCAGGCUGUGCUAUCAUCCGUCCACCCAGAGAAGGAGGCAUCAGGUACCGAGGUCUGACCCAAGAGCAGAUCCGCAGCGUGCAGGUUUUACCGGUGGACUACGAGAUUGAAUACAUCUGCAGGGGGAACAGGGUCAUCGUGGGGCCCAAGGUCAGGAAAUGUCUCCCGAACGGCAGUUGGACGGAUCUCCAUCACCACAGUAAAUGCUUGUUACCAUGUGCAAAAGUGUGGGCGUCUCUGGAGAACGGGCGUGUGGUGUUGUCCCCUCCCGGGCCGGCGGUGGAGGGCACGGUGCUGACCUACAGCUGUCUGAGCGGCUUCAUCCUGGAGGGCAGAAACAUAACUCAGUGCACCAAACUGGGCAAGUGGGACAAUCCCAAACCCAUCUGCCACUAUGAUAGACAUUAUACAGGCAAGAAGAAGCUCUACAUCGGAGCCCUGUUCCCCAUGAGCGGCGGCUGGCCGGGUGGUCAGGCCUGCCUGCCGUCCGCCCAGAUGGCCCUGGACCUGGUGAACAAGAGGACGGACAUUCUGCCCGACUACGAGCUGGAGCUGAUCUACUACGACAGCAGGUGUGACCCCGGGGAGGCGACCAAACUGCUGUAUGACCUGCUCUACACGGAGCCCAUCAAAAUAGUCCUGAUGCCCGGCUGCAGCUCCGUCUCCACGCUGGUGGCCGAGGCGGCGCGCAUGUGGAACCUCAUCGUACUCUCGUACGGUUCCAGCUCACCGGCCCUGUCCAACCGUCAGCGCUUCCCCACGUUCUUCCGCACCCACCCGUCCGCCACGCUGCACAACCCCACCCGCGUCCAGCUCUUCCAGAAGUGGAAGUGGACCAAGAUCGCUACCAUCCAGCAGACCACCGAGGUCUUCACUUCAACUCUGGAUGAUCUGGAGCAGAGGGUGAAGGAGGCAGGAAUAGAGAUCAGUGUGAGGCAGAGCUUCCUCACCGACCCUGCUGUCGCCGUUAAAAACCUCAAGCGGCAGGACGCUCGGAUCAUCGUGGGUUUGUUCUACGAGACGGAGGCGCGUAAAGUCUUCUGUGAGGUCUAUAAGGAGAAGCUGUACGGAAAGAAGCACGUCUGGUUCCUGAUUGGCUGGUACGCCGACAACUGGUUCAAGAUCAAAGACCCGUCGAUUAACUGUACGGUGGAGCAGAUGACGGAGACGGUGGAGGGUCACGUGACCACCGAGAUCGUCAUGCUCAACCCGGAGACGGUCCGAGGAGCCUCCAAUCUGACCUCCCAGGAGUUCCUGACUCAGCUGAUGUCUAAGCUGGGUGGGAAGAAUCCGGAGGAGACGGGAGGCUUCCAGGAGGCGCCGCUGGCCUACGACGCGGUCUGGGCUCUGGCUCUGGCGCUCAACAAGACGGUGGGGCCACUGAGGGCGAAGGGCCGCCGGCUGGAGGACUUCAACUACAACAACAGGGACAUCACGGCCGAGAUCUACCGGGCGCUCAACACCAGCUCGUUCGAGGGAGUCUCGGGUCACGUGGUGUUCGACGCUCAGGGUUCGAGGAUGGCGUGGACUCUGAUCGAGCAACUGCAAGGAGGGAGCUAUAAGAAGAUCGGCUACUACGAUAUGACCAAAGGAAACCUGUCCUGGUAUGGGAACGACAAGUGGAUCGGUUCUGGUCCUCCAGCAGAUCAGACGGUGGUGAUCCAGAAGUUCAGGUUCAUCUCUCAGAAGCUCUUUGUUUCUGUGUCUGUGUUUGCUGGACUGGGCAUCUUACUGGGCAUCAUCUGCCUGACCUUCAACAUUUACAACAGCAACGUCAGGUACAUCCAGAACUCUCAGCCGUACCUGAACAACAUGACGGCCGUGGGCUGCAUGAUGGCCCUGGCCGCCGUCUUUCCUCUGGGGAUCGACGGGCUUCACGUCCACCGCUCGCAGUUCCCCGUCGUCUGCCAGUUCCGGUUGUGGUUGCUCGGCCUCGGGUUCAGUCUGGCCUACGGCAGCAUGUUCACCAAGAUCUGGUGGGUUCACACCGUCUUCACCAAGAAGGACGAGAAGAGAGACAAGCGGAAGCAACAUCUGGAGCCGUGGAAGCUGUACGCCACGGUCGGGGUGCUGCUGGUUAUCGACAUCCUGUCACUCAUGAUCUGGCAGAUCGUGGAUCCUCUGCACAUCACAGUAGAGAAGUUUACAAGAGAAGCUCCUAAAGAAGAUCUGGACGUGCUGAUCGAGCCUCUGCUGGAGCACUGCAGCUCUGAGAAGAUGAACACGUGGCUCGGGGUGGUUUAUGGCUACAAGGGCUUAUUGCUGCUGCUUGGCAUCUUCUUGGCCUACGAGACCAAAUCCGUCUCCACCGAGAAGAUAAAUGACCACCGGGCGGUAGGAAUGGCCAUCUAUAACGUCUCGGUCCUGUGCAUGAUUACGGCCCCGGUCACCAUGAUCCUGUCCUCCAAGCAGGACGCGUCCUUCGCCUUCGCCUCCCUCGCCAUCGUCUUCUCCGUCUACAUCACCCUGGUCGUGCUGUUCGUGCCCAAGAUGAGACGGUUGAUCACACGCGGUGAGUGGCAGUCUGACCACCAGGAGACCAUGAAGACCGGCUCGUCCACCAACAACAACGAUGAGGAAAAAUCCCGGCAGCUGGAGCGCGAGAACAAAGAGCUUCAGAAGAUCAUUCAGGAGAAGGAGGAGCGAGUAUCUGAACUGAGGAACCAGCUUUCAGAGAGACAGGCGCUCAGAUCACGACGACGUCCUUCAUCCACCCACCUGAAUCACAGCUCCCCUCUUCUACCAACCUCCCACCCCGACCCCAAAUCUCUCCUCCCUCCGCCUGGAUACCCGCUCCCUACAGCCGACAAUCACUCGCUCCCCCAGACGUUCUCCAACUCGUCCAGCGUCUACCAGCCAGACGGCAAGAUCGGCCGCAACAACUGCCACGCCAGCCGCCUGCCCCUCCUCUACAAGUGACGGAGGGGAAACGGACCCGCUCGCGAUCCGCCCGUUUCGUUCAGUCUCAUCGUAAUGGGGUGAACGACGUGCCAGUCUGGAUACCGCUGGUGGAUUCAUCUCAUCUCAUCAUGUUCAAGCUGCAGGUUACAAACGGUAGCAAGUGUAAAAAAAACACCUUUAAUAUUUAACACAGAGACCAAGAACCUCUAACAUGAGCUCAAUAUUUUCAUAAACUCGUCUGUGAUUACGUAUUAAAAGGUUUGGGGAGAGGUUAAAGAGUGCACAGUUUACCCCUCGUACCCCAGAGGUAUUCAGCCAAUCAUGUUCGACGGCCGACGUUUGCUUCUUUAAAUGAUUUACUGUUAUACAGUGUUAUACCUGAUUUAAGUGAUAUUUUAAUCCAUGUCGUGAUUUUUUUAGAGCGUUUGUCUCAUAAAACGAAAGCGUUUGCUGUACUGUGGUAACGUGGGUAUAAUGGGUAUGUGGGUACCUCUAUUUAAACAUACUGAUAGAAGAACAUGACUGACAGCACUUCAUCCACUGUUAGGUUGUUUAUCCCCCAUCAUUCAUCCUACCACGCUUGUUUAUUAAGCCCAUUGGUUUACGUCAAACCCUCUCAGCCUACAGCAGUUCAGCCCAUAGCACAUUAGUUCUGCUCGACGAAGCUGCAGCAGUUUGAUCUAUAGUAUAAGUGUAACAUACAGCAUUGAAUACUCACCUGUUCAGCCUACAGCGCUUUACCUUCCACUGCCCAGCCUCACCGUUUAGUUCAGCCCAUUAGGACUAUAGUGGUUUAGCUAUUGCGUUAGCCUACGGCGGUUUAUCCUGUAUAAUUUAGGCUACGUUAGCUUGGCAUAAUGAUCAAAACAGUGCGUAGUUUCAAGAAAGGCUGGAAAAUGCUUAAGUGCAAAUAAAUUCUGACAAAAUUUGCUAUAAAUGUUGUUAGGAUUAUUAUAUUUAGAUCAAAGAUAUGAUGUUAGAACUGGGCGUGGUUCGUGGUGACUGUAUGGACAUAUAAUUGCGCUGAAAGAACGUGACUGAGGGCACCUCAUCCACUGCUUGGUUGUUUAUUCAGCUCAUUCAGCCUACAGCAGUUUAUUCUCAUCAUUUAUCCCCCAACACUUGUCCAUUAAGCCCAUCGGUUUACGUCAAACCCUCUCAGCCUACAGCAGUUCAGCCCGUAGCAGGUCAGUUCUGCUCAACGAAGCUGCAGCAGUUUGAUCUAUAAUUAAUACUCGCCUGUUCAGCCUACAGCGCUUUACCUCCCACCGUCCAACCUCGUCGUUUAGUUCAGCCCAUUAAGGCUAUAGCGGUUUAGCUAAUGCGUUAGCCUACGGUGGUUUAUCCCUUAUAAUUUAGGCUACGUUAGCCUGGCAUAAUGAUCAAAACAGACUAGAGUAUAGAAUAAAAGUUCUAUAAAUGUCGUCGUUAGGAUUAUUAUAUUUAGAUCAAAGAUAUGAUGUUAGAACUGGGCGUGGUUUGUGGCUUCUAUAUGGACGUGAAUGCGCUGAAAAGAUGCUGCAUUUAUACUUUAGAAUGAUUAGAAUUCAUUAGGAUUAAGCUACACAGCCGCUCAGGUGGCGCAGUGGUAAAACACGCUAGCACACCAGAGCUGACAUUUCGAACUUGUCGUCUGGGCGGCUACAUUAACAACGAUUAUGCGUCGAUCAGGGUGUGGCUCUCCAUACACAAAGCUGAUCCGCAUAUGAACUCGCCUCGUGCGGGUGAAAAGAUGCAGUCGGGUACUGCACACGUGUCGGAGGGGGCGUGUGUCAGUUCACUCUCCUCCAUCGGGGCGGGGGUCAGCACCAGUAGAGAGGAAGCGUAACGCUAUCAGGUAAAAUUUGGACGCGCUAAAAAUUGGAAGAAAAUGCAUUAAAAAAAGAACACUAGACCACGGCGUGGCUGAUCGGCUUCAUGUGGAUUUGAUUAAAUUAAACACAUUUGUGCCAGACUUGUGUAGCUUAUAUGUUUUUAAAUGAUUUACUGUUAUACAGAAUUAUUCCUGCUUCAAAUUAUAUUUUAAUCUGUGUUAUUAUGUGAUUUUUUUUGAGCGUUUGUCACAUAAAACUAUUUAUUCCUUUUAUUUCUGAGCUAGUCGAGAUCCUAUAACGUCUUAAUGGAGGUGAGAACCCAGAGUAAGAAGAUUACAAUCUCAUCCUAAUCCUCCUAAAGUGUUCUGGCCUUUAAUCCACUGAAUAUGUUGUGAUUUUUUUAUGAUAACGGUCUUUUACCGUGAGGUAUGAGGUAGCCGACAGUGUCGAGCAGCGAGGCCGUGCCGUAUUAUUUUACACAUUUAAAGGUGCUUCGUUACUUCAGGCUGUUUCAGACUUGUACCAGCUCUCUGAACCCGAUUCGUCCCAGAUUUUUAUCAAAGACUAUUUAUGCGAGCUUGGUGCAAUAAGAGUGAGAAAUACAAACCAGUAUUGAUGAAAAUAAAAUUAUUUAAUUAUUACAGAAUGUAAUUCUUUAGACAUGAGUGUUAAAAUGAAGAACGACAAUUGAAUUUGGGAGGAGAGAAAGAAGGUCCUGGGUUGGAUUCCCAGGUGGAGCGGUGCGGGUUCUCUCCGUGUCUGUCCCGGUUUCCUCCCGCAGUCCAAAAGCAUGCGGUCAGGUUAGUUGGAGGUGCUAAAGUCCCCCUAGGUGAUGGACUGUAAUGGACUGGCGACCUGUCCAGGGUGUUUCCUGCCUUUCAACGUGACCCCAAACAGAAUACAGAAAUGGUAACACGGACAAUAAAUGAAUGAAUGAAUGAAUGAUAUGAGUGGAUAUCACAGCUCAUAAGAGCACAACACAGUUCUAUCUCUUUAGAACCUUUUUGGCAUUCAGCUGAUCAACUAAAGGUAAAUUAUCCAAGAUGUUUAAGGCAGAUUAUUAAAUGAAGCUGCUUGAAAGAGAUCCAAGAAUUUUGGAGGUGGGAGAUUUUGCCCAUAAUUCUGCACCAAUGACCUGGAUUUUUAUUAUUGUUUUAAAAGUGUUUGAUAAGAGUGUUAGACUGCUUCUUCAGUCUCAUGAUGUCUCAAUUAUCUCAGUAUUUGUAAACAUCUGAGGGUUCUCGUGCUCAGAAGUGAUGUUGGUCGGACUGGCUGCACUUGCUCGGCCUCCCACAGCCCGGUGCGGUGAAACCUCUCGGCGUGCAGAUGCUGCAGCGUUCGCUAAAUGAAAUCUGGUGGUGGGAGAUGCGCUCGUGUGAGCUUUUAUAUUGAUUUUUCAGUCUUAUCUUUUAUCCUCGGCUCAACUGAAAGCUUUAGAUCUAAUCUGCCAGCUGCUAAUCCAGUCAGCUGCAUAUUCGUCCCAUCCAGGAGAGCGCCUGCCGAUUCCAUCAAGCUGUUAGCUACCGUAACCACCCGGCACCUUUAUAUUUUGGGUAAAGUGUGGGUUGCUUAAAGGUGGAGUGCGUUGUGAGUCAUGUUAACACCCCCCGUCGGUUUCUGUCUCAGUUUCCUCUCAGCACAAAUCCAGGAUCUGUGGUUACUUUGCAACGUUAGGUGAGAUAUUCCACAGCCGAGGUGCUUUCUGCAGGUUUCCUGAGCUGCUCUUCGCUGAGGAGACCACGAGUGGCUUUUAAUUCGCUUUAAAUCAGAUCAAAAUAUUUGACAGAUAUUUGGUUUCACGUCCCGACAGUAGAAAAACGUUCAGGUACGAAUCUGUAAAUGUGUGUAUGCGACCAUCUAGGCUUUGUAAACAGGACACUAAUGUAAUCUGGGGAGCAAAAUUCCUAGUAUCAGCACAAAUUGAUGUUUUACAUGCGUGGUAAUCAUGCAGCUCGCUUCCAGAUGACGUCUGAGUUGUGAUUCUGUGUGGUCGUUCAGUAAUAAACGUCUGAUAUUUCCACUAAAUGCCAUUUUAAAACACAGCAGGGCUAAAACUCAUGCACAUAUGAAACAUUCAUACACAUUUUUACAUGUAUUGUAUUAUUUCUGCUGUUUACUUCUUCAUUUUGUAUCACGCCGAGCCUGAUGCGUCUCUUUGCCCUGUGAAACGAGGCCUGAAAGGUCACGUCUGACUCUGUGAGAGAAUCCACCUGCUGCACGAACUCUGAAAUGAAAUAAAUCAUCACGUUCUGCACAGAGCGGCAGGAUCACUAUAACUGAUGUUAUGUUUGUGAUUUUGGGGACGUUAUGUGUGACAGUACAGCUGACGGGACUAAGCGCUGUGUGUUUGUUUACAUGUAAGGAAGCUGAAGUGAAAAGCUCUCGUGCAUAACCUCGACCUCGUGCUCUUCAGAUUUAGUUUGCGAGUGAAUCGGUGAAGACAGCUGUAAAAAAUCCAGAUGUUACGCACAAACACGUGUUAACAGGUUCUAAAUGUGGACGUCAGUGUGUUCUCUUACAUGCUAUAAAGUGCACACAGUCGUAUUUACAUGUCGUGCUGAAAUAUAGAUUUAUAUUUACCGUCGCAGACGUCGAAUGUUGCGAGAGAACAAGUUGGUGUCUAUGUGUAAAUAAAAAUAUUCAUUUUUUUACUACAGUGGAA